CGCGAUGAUUCAAACAGCCGAGAGGCUGUGCGGCUGGGAAGGUCCCUGCUUCAGCUGGUCCUGCACCUCCCGAGUCUCCCCCGAGCCAGUGCAACGAAGCUGAGGCUGGGAGAGGUGACAUAACUUGGCAAAGAUCUCACAGCUAGCAAGUGGUGAAGCCAGGAUUCAGAACAGUGUAAUUCUAGAUUCAUCUUCAUUCUAGCAAUCUGAACUCUUUUUCUGCACUGGCCUUUAAAUAACACUAGAGGAUGGCUGUGCUUCAUCAGAAGUCUGUCUUGGAUAUGAUUAAAGAGUUCAGGAGGAAUUGGCACACGCUUUGUGACUCCGAGAGAACUACAGUAUGUGGGGCAGACUCCAUGAUCUUGGCAUUGCAGCUAUCCAUGGCAGAGAACAACAAACAGCACAGUGGAGAAUUUACAGUUUCUCUCAGCGAUGUCUUAUUGACCUGGAAACGCUUACUACAGGAGAAAUUGAACUUACCAGUUGAAAAUAUGGAAGUGAUUGACCAUUAUGAGGACAUUAGGAGGAUUUAUGAUAAUUUCUUAAAAAAUAGUAAUAUGUUAGAUCUGAUCGAUAUUUAUAAAAAAUGUAGUGCUUUGCCUUCUAAUGGUGAAAAUAAUGCCAACAUAUCUCCCAGUCAACUACGGGAUUUUCUGUGUGGCAGACAGUCCACAGUAGAUGAUGAAACUGGUCUUUCUGUACCGACAUCACCAAUGAGUAAACACAACCAGGAUAAUGAAAAGGCGAAGUUACUGGCAAAGAAAAUUAUCUACUCAUAUUUGAAUCUGCUAGUGAAUUCAAAGAAUGACCUGGCUCUGGCUCAUAUUCUCAAUAUUCCUGAUAGAGGACUUGGAAGAGAAGCCUUCACUGAUUUGAAACAUGCUGCUCGAGAAAAACAGAUGUCUAUCUUUCUGGUGGCCACAUCAUUUAUUAGAACAAUGGAGCUUGGAGGGAAAGGAUAUGCACCAUCACCUUCUGAUCCUUUAAGGACACAUGUGAAAGGAUUGUCUAGUUUUAUUAAUUUCAUUGACAAAUUAGAUGAGAUUCUUGGAGAAACAGCAAAUCCAAGCAUUGCAGGGAGUCGGAUACUCUCUGUGAUAAAGAUGCAGGUGAUUAAAGGCCAGAACAACAGGGAUCCUUUUUGUAAAGCAGUAGAGGAGGUUGCUCAGGAUUUGGAUUGGAGGAUUAAAAAUAUUUUCAAUUCUCAACAAGGAGACUUAGCUGUUAGCACCACUGACAUCAGUCCUGCACGGCCAAAAUCUUAUGCCAUAAACCAUGGCACUGCAUACUGUGGCAGAGAUACUGUGAAACUUUUACUAGUUCUUUUGGAUGAAGAAGCAGCCAGUUUUCCUACUAAAAACAAAGCAGAGCUUUUAUAUGACGAUGAAUACACCAUUGAUCACAAUGGAACUUCUAUUCUUACACUUUUCAGAUCUCCCAUACAAGUGAAUAAUUCUUUGGUGAAACCACUAAGAGAACGCAUCCACAAGUCAAUGGAAGAGAAAAAAAUUAAGAUGAAGCAAACCUUAAUUAGAUCCCAGUUUUCUUGUACCUAUAAAGAUGACUGCCUGAUAAGCAGGAAUACAUGGAAUAAUGUUGAUUCAGCAUCAAAGCCAUUGAAUGUUCUUCACAUGGAAAAUGACCUUUCUGGUGUAAAUUCAUCUGUUGGAAGACCAGCAAUUGGAACAAAUCCUGGAAAUGUUCAUCUGGACAGAAGUAAAGAUGAAAAAGUAGAAAGAAAAUCCAGUAGUCUGACGGGAAAUAAAAACUCAAAAAGGAAACAGGUGCAUUUAGAUGAUGAAAACAUUCUCUGUGAUAAUGGAAAUGAACCACCCCAAUAUAAAAAUGUUAAGAUACCUAAGACAUCAAAUGAUAUGCAGAAUAAAUUGGAGGGCAAACUAGCCAGAAUAGCAAAAAGAAACAAGUGUGCUGCCAAGGACAAAUUGAUUACUGGCCAGACAAAGUUAACUCAGUUUUUUAGACUAUGAAUUUGUCUUUUAUGUACUUUAGAUUCAUGUAUGUAUAAAACCAUUCACCAAAGGCAUGUACUUAAUUUUUAAGAGAUCAAGGUGUAAAUUAUGAUGCUUUAUUGUUAUUUUUAAAAUUCUGUAUUGUUUAAAGUAUUACAUAUGCCUCCUUUUCCCCCCGUUGACCUCUCCCCAGAUACUCCCACCCCCUAGCACAUGCCCUCACCCUGCUAGUGUCUAUGUCCAUUGGUUAUGCUUACAUGCAUGCAUAUAAGUCCUUUGGCUGAUCUCUUACCCACUCCUCCCUCCCCUGCCUUCUCUCUGAGGUUUGACAGUUGGUCUGUUUGUGAUGCUUUGUUGUUUUGGUCUAGAGCAUAUGUAAGAUUAGUGUGUUAAGCAUUGUUUAAAAAAUACAACUAAGUCAUAGUUAUGCAGAAUACUCACAAAGUUUAAUGUACAAAUAAAGCAUAUCAUUUAGGUUAAGGAUAUCUCUUUAUACUGCUUUCUUUUAAAACAGACAUUUAAAAUAAUAUAAGUCAUAGUAACAUUAAGAGCUUUUCCCCCCGACAGGCAAUUAAAUGAUUUUGUUUUCUUCUGAAAAGAUCAUGUGGGCCAACAGGUAUCAGACUUGCCAACACGGUCGAUAGACUCUUCCCAGCAUACACCUGAUCACUGAAAGAAAAAAAAAGGGUUUAAAUUGCUUAAAGGACUAUUAUUAUACACAAAAUUUAUUAGAAAUGAAAACAAUGUAUCUAAUAUAGCUAAUUUGGAGUAAAUCAAAAUUAUAACUAAUUAAAUGCUUUUUAGUUCCACAUAUUUGGCAGGGAUCACUUAAUAGAAAAAAGUGUGAUUGAACUAUGGUCUUAUCUAAUUUUGUUAUGAUUGGGUCCAAAUUCAGUUAAACUCAGAAUUCUAUUUUAUGGUACUAAGACUUAAAUAAUUGAAUUUUAAAAGACUACUCACUGUCAAAAUCUCUCCUUCCUAUAGGAAAUUUAGCUGAGUUUUCUUCAUCCCCAGUUUCUCUCUUUUCUUGUGUUGAUUCAAUAUUCUGAACUCCAUUCUCAGCUGGAAAAGCUACAGAUCCUUUUGGCGCAAGAUCAGGUUUUAUAGCCAGAUUCAGUUGCAGACCAUGAUUCAAGAAAUUAUGUUUAGAGCCUGCGUUCUGUAAAAAAAAGAUUGAUUUGCAUUUUUGCUGUCUUAUUUGAAAUGGGAAGGAGCAAUGACUGAUUUUUCUGCAGUAUCUUCCUUCUGAAAGGCUUUCCCCAGCCUAAAUGUGUUAAAUACCAUGUCAUCUUCUAAAUUUCUCAUGGACUUGGAUGCUGAAAGGAAAAUGGCUUGAGAAAGCAGAGAAAAAGUUAGUAUUAAUGUGUAGGAGGAGAGACUCAUUUUUGCCAUUCUUAGUUCGAUGUUUGCAUGGAGUCAAAGAUGUGUAAAAUGGAGAAAAUUUUCUCCACCUGCUUCGUGAAUGAUUCCUACCUUUAUAUAUAU